UGCCUGUUGCACGCCCCUGCUGCCGCCCUAAGGACCCGAUGAGUUGCUGGAUGCCUGGGUGCCCAGCUCUCAGCAUGUGCCGGGGUUUAGCCGUGCUCCCCAUCACUUGCCUGGAAAGAGCCAAGGAUCUGAAGACCCGCUUAGGGAUCCUGCUCCAUAAACCAGAGCUGGGACACAGGAUCGGGACCUCCAGCAAGUUGCAGCUGGGCUCCAGGCAGAGAGACUCCUCACAAGAGGUACUCGAAUGGAGGGAGUCCUUUGACCAGCUCCUGAAGAGUAAAAGUGGGGUGACGGCCUUCCACACUUUCCUGAAGACAGAGUUCAGCGAGGAGAACCUUGACUUCUGGCUGGCGUGCGAGGACUUCAAAAAGACCCGGUCAAAAACCAAACUGGCCUCCAAGGCCAACAGGAUCUUCGAGGAGUUUGUCCAAAGUGAGGCGCCCAGGGAGGUGAAUAUCGACCAUGAAACCAGGGAGAUCACCCGGAAGAACCUCUCAGGUGCCACCUCCGCGUGCUUCAACGAAGCCCAGGCCAAGACCCGCACCUUGAUGGAGAAGGACUCCUACCCCCGGUUCCUGAAGUCCGCCUCCUACCAGGACAUGACCAAGCAGGCCACCAGCCGCGGCAUCAGCAAGCGGUCGCAUACCUGACCCGAGCCUGAAUCCGCCGUGGGGGGACGAGCCGGGGCACCAGGCAGAGGUUGAGAAACGGUUUGCGAGGGCUGAGGUCCGUGUGGCGGGGUUUCGGCUGAAGUCCUGGCAUUUCAGCAGGAUCCCUGGGACCUCAAGCACUUCCCGCUUCCCACCGAGCUGCUGGGAAGAGAGGUCCUUCCUCCCCAGAGGAGCGGAGCGGGUGGGAACCCGCUGCCUCCCCUUGCAGCACGGCUGGAGAGCUGCACCACCACGGGGACAAAAAGAAAUCGGAUUUGAGUUGCAAGCCCGGGAAAAAGAGACCGGAUUCCCCUGAGCAUCCGUAACCAGAGAGCUCCCGCCUGCUCUCGGGACCCUGCCUCUGACCCGCAGCAUCAGCCGCCGGCUGCGGAGCCAGCACAGGAG